AUGAUCGUACUUUUCGCCGAAUUACUGCUCCUAGCGCAGCGAUGCUUGACCCGAUCGAUUUCCUCGCGCUCCAAUCGAUUUGAAAGGAUCUCUCCGAUCUGCCCGAAUCAAAUUACUUCUCCUCUUGGAAUUUUCACCGUCGUCCCUGCAAUUUCGCCGGAGUUUACUGCGACAGCGAUAGCUCAGGAUUCAAGUGUACAAUCGUCGAGUUUGAGUAAAACGAUACUUCGAAAGGGAUUUUCGUGGCAGACUCCAAUCCCAGGCGAUGAAGUCGAAGUUCGUUACAGUGUCGGGCUGCAAGCAGGGAAGUAUUUUGAUUCGAAUCGAGAAAAGGAGAGCCCUUUCAGAUUCAAAUUAGGCCGCGGUGAAGUUAUAAAAGGAUGGGAUGAAGGCAUUGCCACCAUGAGAAAAGGUGAAAGGUCAAUUUUCACAAUCCCACCAGAAUUGGCCUAUGGAGAAAUUGGGUUCUGUCCUUUAAUUCCUCCGAAUUCGACUCUCAUUUUCGAUGUGGAGCUAAUUUCUUGGUACCCCAUUAGAGACAUAAGUGGUGAUGGAGGAAUAUUGAAGAAGAUAAUAGUGGAAGGAGAAGGAUGGGCCACUCCAAGCAAUGAUGAUGAAGUCUUGGUCAAGUAUGUUGCAAAAUGUGAGAAUGGGAAAGUCAUAUCUGAAUCUAAUGAAGGCCUGGAGUUCUCACUAACAAUUGGUCAUCUCUGCCCUGCAAUGAGCAGAGCUGUGAAAACAAUGAGGAAAGGGGAAAAGGCAGAGGUUUUUGUGAAGCUCAACUAUGGCCUUUUGCAUCGCGAGAAUGGGACACAAACGGUUAAUGGUGCAUUUCCACAGUAUCAAAACUUGAUCAUUCAUCUCGAGCUAGUAUCAUGGAGAACUGUUGUCGAUGUCAAUGGAGAUAAGAAAAUAUUGAAGAAAAUAAUGAAGAAAGGAGAAGCUUUUGAUCGUCCUAACGAAGGAUCCAUUGUAAAAGUGGUUUACGUAGGCAAGCUUGAAGAGGGUACGAUCAUGGAAAAACGAGGAUGUGAUGAGGAACCCUUUGAAUUCGUGUGUGGAGAAGAACAAGUCCAGGGGGGGUUGGACAAGGCAGUAACCACCAUGAGAAAAGGAGAAGAAGCUACAGUUAAAAUCAGCUAUGACUCAUUGGACCUCUCUAAAGUUGGAGGAUUGAGUACUUCAAAUGCAUUGUUUUAUGAAAUCAAAUUAAUUGAUUUCACAAAGGAAAAGCCGUUUUGGAAGAUGGAUGCACAAGAAAGAAUAAAUGCAUGCCAAGCAAAGAAGAAUUAUGGAAAUAUACUUUUCAAAGCCGGGAAAUUUCUGCUUGCCUCCAAGAAGUAUGAUAAGGAAUGUGAUUUAGGCAUGAAAAAAGAAAUUGAUGAUGAAAAGGCUCAAGCGAAAAGUUUGCGACUGUCGUGUUAUUUGAACGAGGCUGCAUGCAAACUUAAACUCGAAGAAUAUCAAGAAGUCUCGAGAUUAUGCACCACGGUUCUAGAUUUAGAUCCAAACAACGUAAAAGCUCUGUUCAGAAGAUCACAAGCAUAUAUGAGAACAUCGGAUCUAGAGAAAGCAGAGGGGGAUAUUAAUCAAGCUCUAUUGCUCGAUCCAAACAACAGAGAAGUGAAGAUCAAAUGCAAGGAGUUGAAAGAAAAGCAGAGGCAAUAUGCCGAACACGAAGCUAAAAUGUUCAGCACCAUGAUUUCAAGAAUAGGUUAA